AUGGCUGAGGGAAACGAGCUGAUGAACAGGCUCAUGAGCGAGAACGCCGACCUGAAGAAGCAGGUGCGGCUCCUCAAGGAGAACCAGAUGCUGAAGCGCCUCCUCAGCGAAAGCUGUCAGGAGAGCUGUGGCCGUGGCGGCCGGGACCUCCUCUUCCCCAAGGCACCUGCCUACCCUGAGGAUUGCUCCCCUGGGACUGCAGUUCCAGACAUCGGAAGGUUCACCAGCGUUCCUGACGUGCCCUCCCAGCUGCAGACACCCUCCCUGGAGGACCUGCUGUGCUCGCACACCCCCCUCUCCAGCGAGGAUGAUGCUUCCCCAGGCUGUGCGACCACCUCCCAGGUGCCCUUCAAGGCUUUCCUCAGCCCGACGGAGUUGCGCACACCUCGCAGCACUGACAGGAAGCUCUGCCCACUCCUGAACCCCUUGCAGGACCCCCUGGUGGACAAGACCCUGCUGGAGCCCCGGGAGAUGGUGCGGCCCAAAAAGGUGUGCUUCUCAGAGAACAGCCUGCCCUCGGGGGACAGGACCAGGAGGAGCUACUACCUUAACGAGAUUCAGAGCUUCACCAGCGCGGAGAAGGACGGGCGCAUCGUGGGGGAGAUUGCCUUCCAGCUGGAUCGGCGCAUCCUGGCCUACGUCUUCCCUGGGGUGACUCGGCUGUACGGCUUUACAGUGUCCAACAUCCCUGAUAAGAUCAAGCAGACAUCCAUCAAGUCCCUGGACGGCUCUGUGGACGAGAAGAAGCUGCGGGAGCUGACACACCGCUACUUGACGCUGAUGGCACGCCUGGAGAAGCUGGGCUACAACCGUGAAGUGCACCCUGUGUUCAGUGAGUUCCUCAUCAACACCUACGGCAUCCUGAAGCAGCGGCCCGACCUGCGCGCUAACCCGCUGCACAGCAGCCCGGCUGCCCUGCGCAAGCUGGUCAUCGACAUUGUGCCCCCCAAGUUCCUGGGCGACUCGCUGCUGCUGCUGAACUGCCUGUGUGAGCUCUCCAAGGAGGACAGCAAGCCACUCUUCGCCUGGUGA